AUGUCCCAAGGUCUGGGAGAAGCUCUACAAGAAGUACACGGACGGUCUAGCGUCCAAGCCACAAAAGAAGAUCGAGAUCGAGCUGCCGGACGGCACGAAGAAGAAUGGCGAGGCUUUCAAGACGAGCCCCAUGGAGAUUGCGUCGGGGCCUCACGCUUCGCAUGGAAUUUGCAGAUCUGA